UCGACAUCAAAUGCCAUAGCCUUCAUCAGUUAUAACUUAUAAGUACAAACCCCCUUAACGAGUGAUCUUCUCAAUAUUCACAAUCUCAAGUAACAUGUCUCCCAACGUUCUCAGGUGGUUUAGCCUCGUAGCUCUUCUCUGGCUUCAAUCUAUCAACGGCACCAACUUGAGUUUCCCUGCUUACUCUUCACAGCUCAAAGAGUUUCUCUCAAUCUCUCAGUUUAAACUAAACUACCUCUCCUUCGCCUCCGACGCCGGAAAAGUCCUCGGUUUCAUCUCCGGAAUCGCUGCCAUUCAUAUUCCUCUACCGCUCGUCCUUCUCGCCGGAGGUUCUUUAGGUUUCGCCGGCUACGGUCUCCAGUAUCUAUGCAUCGUCAAAAAGAUGUUCACGUUAUCGUUUUAUCAGAUAUGGGGGCUGAGUUUCUUGGCCGGAAACAGCAUCUGCUGGAUCAACACGGCUUGUUUUAUCGUCGCCAUCAACAGUUUUCCGUUGAACCGUCAAGUCGCCGUAGGGAUCACGGCGAGUUAUCAAGCUUUGAGUGGAAAAAUCUACACCGACAUAGUCCACACGUUCUUCUACUCGUCUCAACGCGAAGCUGCCUCUGGUUACCUUUUGCUCAGCUCUCUAGUUCCUUUGGCUUGUUGUCUCGUGACGGCUCCUAUGUUGAUGAGAGAAGCAAAAGCGAUGUCGUUUUCAUCUAGGGAUGUUAACGUGGGCUUUAUCUUUUUGUUUGUUGUGACUAUAGCCACGGGGAUAUACUCCGUGGCUACGAGUCUUCUCUCGGUUCCAGCGGUUUUAGCACUCGUAGGCAUUGUUUUGUUUCUUCUUGCUCCUCUGGCUAUUCCAAGUGGAGUUAGGUUUGAAGAGCUUAUGUCCUCAACUAGAAGUCAACAAAAGGUAUACAACUUGGAAGCUCCUUUUGAAGAAGAUCAAAAGAAAGAGGAAGAAGUUGACGAGAAGGCAAUAGUUGGAGUUAGAGAAGAGGUCGAGUGGACAAAACUAUGGAAGAGACUCGACUUUUGGAUAUAUUUUGGACUUUAUUUGUUCGGUCCGACGGUGGGGAUAGUGUUUAUGAACAAUCUUGGUCAAAUCUCUGAGUCUCGUGGCUGCGCCGCGACCUCUUCCUUGGUCGCUCUCUCGUCCUCGUUCGGGUUUUUCGGCCGCUUGCUUCCUUCGUUACUCGACUACUUCCUCUCUAGGAACAGAUACAUGCCAUCAAGCCCGGUUUCUAUGGCGGUCUCACUUGUAGCAAUGGUUGCUUCGUUUCUCCUCCUCCUCAUCGACUCUGACAUUGCUCUCUACGUCAGCACGGGGAUGAUCGGCGUCUUUUCCGGAGCAUUGACUUCUCUCUCCGUCACAAUGACUGCAGAGCUUUUUGGGACAAAACAUUUUGGAGUUAACCAUAACAUUGUUGUCGGAAGCAUUCCGAUUGGUUCUUUUGCUUUUGGUUUAUUUGCAGCUAAAGUUUACCGCGAUGGAGCUGCCUUGGACGGACGUUUUGACGGAAAGUGUUUUGGGAUGUAUUGCUUUCAAACCACUUUGAUCUUUUGGGGAAUGCUAUGUUCUGUCGCCACCGUUCUAGCCACCGUUUUAUAUCUACGCAACCGCAAGUUCUACUCGCAGAAGUUGUAGAAGAAGAAACAUAACUAAUUAGGAGAAAACGCAGCGUUUUGUUGGUUUUUCACGCAAGCUUUCACUUAACCAAAGGAAAGUUUUUUUGGUACCAAACGAAAAUAUUAUUGUAUAGUUAUGUAUCUGGUGUUAAACUGGUGGUAUGCAUGAGGCCAUGAGGGUAAAAGUAUUGUAUAAUAUAGACGAACAGUAUAAAUAGAUAUACAGAAAAGUUCUUUUUCAAUAAAGAUCCGUUUUUUCUUAUAAGUUGUAUGAUAGUAAAUUCAAUCUUUUUUGUUAGAUUAGUGUAAGAUCAUUAAUAAAUUAAAUGCUGAAUAAUUUAAAACGAGUUUGUUUGAAUAUAAGUGGGAAAUAUGACUUCACGAAAUUUCGGGUGAGUCCCAUUAAUAUACUCAACAAAAUAUUAUGUGGGUGCGUAGCUGAUGUUCUGUUGGUUCGAACGUGGGCCAAGAAUCUUGAUCAUGCAUCUGUUAUUUAAGUGAUUAGUUUCUAGUGUGAACAAAGUUUCUAAUUACGAGACUCCAACAGUUAUUAAUAUAUUCUCAGUACAUCAAAUUAUUUGUAUUAUUCAGUGGUGUCCAUAUAUU